GCUUUGAUUUUCAACGAUCCUCUUCUAAUCUAAUGUUAUGUGGAUCUUCCCUUCCCACUGAUGCUGUUGUAGCUGAAUACUCCGGAGUAUAGUUUCAGUGUCGAGUUAGGGUUUUCAGGAAUUCGCAGCCAAUUUCUACCAGAUCUAAAUUAAAUGGUGACGAAAGAGGCGAAAGGUACGGCGGCAAUGGAUCUGCCGGCGGCCACGCCCGCCCUGACUCUGCAAUCCGCCCUCAAGUCCCUCAAGCUGAAGACGAAGCAGCAGGAGGUGCUGAUACGGGUGACGAUCCUGUGCUUGGUGUACGUUCUGGCCUUCAUCACGCGCCUCUUCAGCGUUUUGAGGUACGAGAGCAUGAUCCACGAGUUCGAUCCCUACUUCAAUUACCGGACCACUCUCUUUCUCACCGAGAAAGGCUUCUAUGAGUUCUGGAACUGGUUUGAUUCCGAGAGUUGGUACCCGCUCGGUCGGAUCAUCGGCGGCACGCUUUACCCGGGCCUCAUGGUUACCGCUGCCCUCAUGUACUGGACAAUUAGGUUCUUCAGGUUUGCGGUCCACAUUCGUGAGGUCUGUGUGCUGCUUGCACCAUUCUUUGCUUCCAACACCACUCUUGUGGCAUACUUCUUUGGAAAAGAAUUAUGGGAUUCUGGUGCUGGACUUGUAGCCGCAGCAUUAAUUGCUAUUUGCCCGGGCUACAUCUCACGGUCUGUGGCAGGGUCAUAUGAUAAUGAGGGGGUUGCCAUUUUUGCCCUUUUGCUUACUUUCUAUUUAUUUGUCAAGGCGGUGAAUACAGGAUCACUUGCUUGGGCUCUUGCCUCAGCUUUUGGGUACUUCUACAUGGUCUCAGCUUGGGGUGGCUAUGUCUUCAUCAUUAAUUUAAUCCCACUCUAUGUGUUGGUUCUCUUGAUUACUGGGAGAUACUCAAUGAGGCUAUAUGUAGCUUACAAUUGCAUGUAUAUUUUAGGAAUGUUGCUUGCAAUGCAGAUUCGUUUUGUGGGUUUUCAGCACGUACAGUCUGGAGAACAUAUGGCUGCGAUGGGAGUGUUUUUCUUAGUGCAGGUAUUUUACUUCUUGGAUUGGGUGAAGCACCAAUUGAAUGAUCAAAAGUUGUUUCAAGCUUUCCUGAGAAUUACAGUGACUAGUGCAGUUGGUUUGGGUGCCAUUGCACUUGGAGUUGGAACUGCUUCUGGAUAUAUCUCUCCAUGGACUGGUCGGUUUUACUCUCUCCUGGAUCCAACUUAUGCAAAAGACCACAUCCCUAUAAUUGCAUCUGUAUCCGAACAUCAGCCUACAGCGUGGUCAUCUUUCAUGUUUGAUUUCCAUAUAUUGCUUAUACUCUUCCCUGCUGGACUCUAUUUCUGCUUCAAACGACUAUCGGAUGCCACAAUUUUUAUAGUGAUGUAUGGUCUCACUAGCAUGUACUUUGCUGGAGUCAUGGUUCGUCUAAUUCUUGUUGCUACACCUGCUGUAUGCCUUAUUAGUGCAAUUGCAGUCUCUGCCACUGUAAAAAAUUUGACUCAGCUGGUCAGGACAAAACCCAAAGUUGCCCAUGGUGGUUCUGGAAAAGGAUCAGCCAGUGGAAAGGCUUCAUCUAAGGCUUCACUUGAUCUAUCUCUGCCAUACCAAAGAAAUGGUGCAAUUGCUUUGCUCCUUGGUGCUUUUUAUUUGUUGAGUAGAUAUGCAAUCCAUUGUACCUGGGUGACAUCAGAGGCAUAUUCAUCUCCCUCAAUUGUCUUAGCUGCAAGGGGCGCCCAUGGAAAUCGGAUCAUCUUUGAUGACUAUCGUGAAGCAUACUUUUGGUUGAGACAAAACACUCCUCAAGAUGCUAAGGUGAUGUCUUGGUGGGAUUAUGGUUAUCAGAUCACUGCAAUGGGAAACAGGACUGUAAUUGUUGACAACAACACCUGGAACAACACACACAUUGCAACUGUUGGACGAGCAAUGUCAUCUUAUGAGGAUGAAGCAUAUGACAUAAUGAGAUCCUUGGAUGUAGAUUAUGUUUUGGUUGUAUUUGGAGGUGUCACUGGGUAUUCAUCUGACGAUAUAAACAAGUUUCUUUGGAUGGUAAGGAUUGGGGGUGGAGUGUUUCCUGUAAUUAAGGAACCAGAUUAUCUUGUCAAUGGGGAGUAUCGUGUUGACAAAGGUGCUGCGCCAAAGAUGUUGAACUGUCUAAUGUACAAGCUCUGUUAUUAUCGCUUCGGUGAGCUGACAACAGAAUAUGGCAAACCUCCAGGAUACGACCGAGCAAGAGGAGUUGAAAUUGGAAACAAGGACAUAAAGCUCGAGUACUUGGAAGAGGCAUUCACGACAUCAAAUUGGAUUGUCAGGAUUUACAAAGUGAAGCCACCCAACAAUAGAUGGUAGUUUGCUCCUGCUCCUUAGAACAAUAGAUGGUAAAAAAAAAAAAAUCGAACUCCUUUGCCCACUCUUCCUGCGGGAUGGACAUGUCAUAUGAGUGCCUGAGUUUUUACAUACAUUAGAGAUAGAUACCAUUUUCUUUCUUGCUUCUGUGACCCUCAUAGACUCCUUUUUGCAGGUUAAUAGUAUGUUCUUAGUAGACUAAUUAAAUUAAGGUAGUACAUCAUGAAAUGGGUUGUACUGAUUUUGUAGUUUCCUUUGAGCAUUCUGUGAUUUACUUCAGUCCCAUUUCCGAAUCCUUAUCUUCCUCGGAGAUAAUUAUGUUAAA